AAUGCAUGACAUUGACCCCACGACCCGGAGAUAGCGCCACUUCCGCCGCUACUUUCUCUUCCCCCGGAAGUUGUGCAUCUGUCAUUUGUUCCGCGGGAAGUUUGAACUGCUCCUGUGUCAAGUGCUGGCGGUGAGCGAGGUGAUGGCUGUGGAGUCCCUGAGCCUGCUGGAACGGAUCUCUGCCCGGCUGACGGGCUCUUUGCAGGUUCCGUCAGCCCAGAAGCAGCAUCCCCGGGUCCGGGAGCAGCUGAGCCCUGACUGUGAGGGGGAGCUGGGAGCGCAGCUGCCGCCGUGUGUGCAGGAGCUAGUCCUGACCGACUCCGAGGAAGAUGCGUGGCCGAGGCACGGAGCUGGGGGCCCAGAUCACGUCAGCACACGGACAAAUAAGCCUUUCAGCGUUAUACAGAAUACACCAAGAUCCACUGUGGUAGUACCUGAUUCCAGCGAUGAAGAGUUUGAAAAGUAUUUGACACAACUGAAAACCCCUAAACCAGCUAUAAACAAACGUUUGGACAAACAAAGCAACAGUUUCAGGGGAUUCAUUGUUGAUUCAGAUGAUGACGACUUUGUUUCAGAAUUAUCUAAAAGUGGAAGAGGCGCCAAAAGUAAAAAUGGGUCUGCAAGUCCACAGAAAAACCUUGCCAUGAUGCAGUGGGAUUCACCAGUAUUUGUAAGUGACAGUGAUGAUGAAUCUAUAGUCCUAAAAAGUACGUGGCGUGAAAGACAGAAAACAAGUCAAAAUCUGAAGAAGGGUAAUGGACAGAUGCAGAAGUCUAGGAGUAAAAGCGACAAAGAAAAUACUCAUGAACCACUAAGCGACAAGUACUCAGGCGGACAGGAGACUGUGCAGAGGCCGCCUGCCAAUAACCACAAGUUAUGUACUCCUGGCAGCUCUGAUGAGGAAUUUCAGUCUGUUAUGGAUCGCAUUAAAAACCGGACAAAGCUUCAAACGCCAAGUUCAACCGCAAAUAAAAUCAGACCAAAGACUGCUGUAACUGAACCCACAAAAGUGGCAUGUAUUGAUCUCACUAAAACAAAGGAGCGGCAGAAACCCAAUUCGCAGACAGACCAUUCCAGUCCAUAUUUCUAUUCAGACAGAGAUGUGAAGGAACCACCUGAUUACAUUGAGAAACCACCUCUGGACAGCAUGAGAUGUAAGGUACCAGACUGCUUCCUUCAAGAUCUUUCUUGUCCGACAUCCCUAUAUGUGAAGAAUUUCAAGCAGAAAAAACAUGAGCUGACAACAAAGUUGUACAGACUUUACAACUGCACCAUCUUUGAGCAACAGCUUCCUGACUUGGAAAUAAUCUGGAACAAAAAGAUGAGAAAGACAGCAGGUUACUGUGUAACUGGGCAGAAAAAGCUCCCGACUUUACAUCGAUAUGCCAGGAUAGAGUUAUCGGAGAAAGUCUGUGAUUCCGCAGAUCGGCUUCGAGAUACCUUAAUUCAUGAAAUUUGUCACGCUGCCACGUGGCUUAUUAACGGCGUAAGAGAUGGACAUGGCCAGUACUGGAGAUUUUAUGCACGGAAAGCAACUCUUCUCCACCCGGAGUUACCAAUGGUUACCCGAUGUCACACUUAUGAGAUCAAUUACAAGUUCACCUAUGAAUGCUCCCGCUGCAAGAACACAAUUGGACGACACUCGAAGUCUUUAGAUACAGAACGAUUUGUCUGCUCCUUAUGCAAGGGAAAACUGACUCUGCUGACACCCACUGGAAAAGAUGGAUCUCCCUCCUGUAAUCGCAUCACUCCUUUCGCCAAGUUUGUCAAAGACAAUUAUGGGUCUACAAAGAAAGAAAUGGCUGGAAUGAGCCAUGCAGAAGUAAUGCGCAAACUUAGUGCUGAUUUUUCUACCAAGACAAAAAUUUCUAGUUAAUUUGGUAUGAAAAUGUUACUGAUGACCAUUUUCAGUCCAUUUCUUGUACUAUGAAAGGAUCAAUGAUUGCAGCAGAAAUGCCUGCAGAUACAUAUGUACUACUGUAUAUUUAUAGUUAAGGUUAUACCUUUGUUACUUCAUUUGGUCCCCUUGUGAUCAUUGGCCUGAAUAUUGGAACGGACAAAUGAAAACCAAAGCCGCCAAUGUCAGACAUCCAAUUCUGUAUAUUACAUAUUGUCUCAGGGCAUUAAUGGCUUAGUUAGACGCCAUUAGACUGAUACUAAGCAGCAGGGUGCAGUGUGAUUUGAUGCAUGCAGUUGUACUGUGUAAUGUGACACUAGGACUUCUAGUAUAUCAAUAUUAAAGUGCUACUUGCCAGCGUGUUUAGAUGCGUUUAAAAGUUUGCAUUCUUGUGACUGUGGAAGUGUUAGAUUAAUUUAAUUUCUGAUUAAAAAAGUGUUGGUAAAGAAAGCUGCACAGAAUUUAUAAUCAUUAUAGAGAGACGUGAAUGUAUUGAGGGCAAGACAUAAAUAGCCAUUCCAUCAUGGGCAUGUAUGUGCGUUUUUCUACUGUCAUGUCUGUUUUUACUUUUUCUAAUAAAAUUUCUAUGUAUAACAUAA